AUCGCACAGUUGGCAGCAGUGACAUCAUGGCCUUUGUCGACAAUGGAGUGUGUUGAGGAAGAGCGCUAAAAUCGUGUAUUUCCGCAUUUUUAUCCAUCAAAUAGACACAAUUUCGCGACAAAAACCUGCAAAUUGAACUCCUGAGGCGGUAGCAAAGUGAUUUUGAUGGCUUUUCCAGCGCUGAAUGCCCAACAAGAAUUGAACAAUCGCAAAAUCCUCGAGGAUCUGCAGAUAAAGAAGCAACUGCUCCAGAAAGGCGUGUCACCCGUCGUGACAUCAAUUCCCAGCGUUCCCACGAACAAUUCGACUCUUGGAUUGCCUCAGUACUUGCAAAUGAGCCAACCACCCACUGAUGUCAUCCUGAAUGCACCGGCCAGAGCGGCGUGGAAUCAGGCGCACACGCAAUCCUUCGGUUUCUUCGUUCCUCAGGAUUCCGCCUUCGGGAACAGCAUCAUUCCCGUCUUGCCGCGCUUCGAGGCGCCGCUCAAGUAG